AGUGCGGGCACCGCAGCCGUCCAAGCUGCGCUCUGGGGUACCCCGGCUCGUCCCCCUCAGGGGUCGUAGGGGCGUCCAAGAGCCGGGGGAAGAGUGCGCCAUGAAGUCUCUGCUCUUCAGCCGCUUCUUCAUCCUCCUGCCCUGGAUCCUCAUCGUCAUCAUCAUGCUCGACGUGGACACGCGCAGGCCCGCGCCCCCGCUCACCCCGCGCCCCUACUUCUCUCCCUUUGCUUCGGGCCGCGGGGGCGCCCGACUCCCGCUCCGCAGGGGCAGCUCCAACAGCGGUCUGGGGCGCAGCGCGGAGAAGCGCAAUGAGUCUGGACUGCAGCCCCAGCCCCAGCCGCAGCCCCAACCCGAGCCGCCGCUACCCACCAUCUAUGCCAUCACGCCCACUUACAGUCGCCCGGUGCAGAAAGCCGAGCUCACCCGCCUGGCCAACACGUUCCGCCAGGUGGCGCAGCUGCACUGGAUCCUGGUGGAGGAUGCGGCCGCGCGCAGCGAGCUGGUGAGCCGCUUUCUAGCGCGGGCCGGAUUGCCCAGCACACAUCUACACGUGCCCACACCGCGGCGCUACAAGCGACCGGGGCUGCCGCGCGCCACCGAGCAGCGCAACGCCGGCCUCGCCUGGCUGCGCCAGAGGCACCAGCACCAACGCGCACAGCCGGGUGUGCUCUUCUUCGCCGACGACGACAACACUUACAGUCUGGAGCUCUUUCAGGAGAUGCGAACCACACGCAAGGUCUCUGUCUGGCCAGUGGGCCUGGUUGGUGGGCGACGCUAUGAACGUCCAUUGGUGGAAAAUGGCAAAGUUGUUGGCUGGUACACUGGCUGGAGAGCAGACAGGCCUUUUGCCAUCGACAUGGCAGGAUUUGCUGUAAGCCUUCAAGUCAUCUUAUCCAAUCCAAAAGCUGUAUUUAAGCGCCAUGGGUCCCAGCCAGGGAUGCAAGAAUCAGAUUUUCUAAAACAGAUAACAACAGUUGAAGAAUUGGAACCAAAAGCAAACAACUGCACCAAGGUUCUUGUGUGGCACACUCGGACAGAGAAGGUUAAUCUAGCCAACGAGCCAAAGUACCACCUGGACACAGUGAAAAUUGAGGUAUAAAUGAGAGCAGCAACUGGUGCAGUUUUCCUGGCCAAUGGAUGUGGAAGAGGAGGUUUGUCGUUUAGGCUGCAGAGAAUUCAGGUAUUGUUCAUUUUACUUCAGUACAACAGCCUUUAUUGUCAUCUGAUGGACAUCUGUACAAACAGAGCUUGUUGGUUAAAAUAAGCUAAUUAGAUGAUAAAAGAUGAUGUUCUGUCUUCAUUUGUUAUGCAUGUGUUCUCCCCAACCAAACAUUUUUGUAUAGUACAGUAACACUGCAGGAUACCAUUCU